AAAAUGACACUUUAGAUUUUUCGUCAUAGACGUUUUAUUAAUAAGAUUAAUCGAUUGAUCUUUUACGAUGUCGACCAUCGAUUAAGGAAAAACCUCAAAAUUGGCUACCCCAGAUGCCACUGCGACCUUCCCUUUCGUGUUGACCCCAGGAGGGGUCAGCAUGGACGAGGGUAAGGUCACCACCGUGCGCAACUGACCGAGACCCACCACAGUCAAGGACCUGCAGCGCUUCAUUGGUUUUUCCAAUUACCGCAGAUUCACCAGCAACUUAAGCACCACUGCUUCUACGGUAACCAGUGAAAUGGGGCGUGUCCAACAUUAGACCGACACUCCGCUUUUGACACCCUCAAGAACCUCCUCAGUUUUGCACCCAUUCUCAGGCAACCUGACCCUGUUUUGCCUUUCGUUCUCGAGGAGGAUGCGACAGAGGUUGGAGUGGGAGCUGUUCUCUCUCAGCUUGUGGGAAAUCCUUCAAAAUUAGUUUCAAUAGCUAGGAGAACGAAAUAGCAUAAAUGACCACGUGUCUUAUGCUGAGAUCUCACAGACAUCAGAUCCAUUGAUGAGUUGGAAAGAUGGGCCGUGUGUUGAACAACACUGGGUCUGUGAGAGAGCCUGGUAGUUAUAAUAGCUACUACAACCCCUUAUCUUACAGGACUCUACUGCUUCUCACAGUUUUUAGUUUUUUUUUGCUAAGAUUUUUGAAAAUGAAGAAUGAUCACAAAUCUUAUCAUGCAUAAUAUGGAAAAACAUGUCUUUCAAGAUAAUGUUUUCUCUUAUUUAAAAGGAUAUACACCCACAUUCUUUCACCCUUCUGUACGGCCUUCUUUAAAUUUAACUUCAGUUUGACUAAAGCUUGACUGUAAACUUGAGUUAACCUAUUCUAUCAAAAUAUAUUCUAUAUUUUGGUGAUGAGCCCAAUUCAGUUCCCUUUUAUCUGAAGCUAUAGUUCAGGGGUACGUUAGUUCAUAACUGUUUGUCCAUAUAAGCACUGAUGAUUUUCCCUUCCGUUGACAAAAGAUAUUGGGUCUGUCAGACUAUAAAACAACUGAGGACAUCUUUGAUUUCAUGUUCAGUGUAUUUUGUUACAAUCUUAACAAGACAACAGAAUAAAAAAUAUUUGAAUGCUUGUGUUUUCAACUUGGUGGAGUUAAACCGCUUUAUUGAACAAUGGAGACCAUGGAUUUUGAUGACUACACAUUUGCCAACAAGCCCAGAAAAGGUCAUGGUGUUACAUUUUCAGAAAAUUUUCAGUGGUGGAAGAGACCUUCUGGAGUUGCUGCUGUGUGUCUCGGCCUGCUUUGUGUUCUCUUACUGGCUGGGAUAAUAGGCCUGGUCUUCUAUUAUGGUGUCAUUGGUAAUCCCUUCUCAAAAGAGGGAGACCAACCAGCUAAUAGUCUCACCAUAAGAACUAAAGAGAAAGAUCAGCAGCAAGACAGUCUUAAAGAAUUGACUGCUGAAAGGGAUCAAUUAAAUAAAAGUCUCAACUCAAGGACCACUGAAAGAGACCAGCUGCAGCGUAGCCUGAACACAAAGACUAAGGAGAAAGACCAGCUACAGAGUAGUCUCAGUACCAUGACAACUGAAAGAGACCAGCUGCAGAAGAAUCUCAAUACCCGAACCACAGAGAAAAAUCUGUUGCAAGAGAGUCUAACCACAAAGACCAAAGAGAGGGAUCAGCUGGAAAAUAGUCUUAAAGUAUUGACUGCUGAAAGGGAUACACUGAAGAAAAGUCUCAACUCAAGGACCACUGAAAGGGACCAGCUGCAGCGUAGCCUUAACACAAAGACUAAGGAGAAAGACCAGCUACAGAGUAGUCUCAGUACCAUGACAACUGAAAAAGACAAGCUGCAGCAAAGCCUAAACACAAAAACUAAAGAGAAAGACCAGCUACAGAGUAGUCUCAGUACCAUGACAACUGAAAGAGACCAGCUGCAGAAGAAUCUCAAUACACGAACCACAGAGAAAAAUCAGUUGCAAGAGAGUCUAACCACAAAGACCAAAGAGAGGGAUCAGCUGGAAAAUAGUCUUAAAGUAUUGACUGCUGAAAGGGAUACACUGAAGAAAAGUCUCAACUCAAGGACCACUGAAAGAGACCAGCUGCAGCGUAGCCUUAACACAAAGACUAAGGAGAAAGACCAGCUACAGAGUAGUCUCAGUACCAUGACAACUGAAAGAGACCAGCUGCAGAAGAAUCUCAAUACACGAACCACAGAGAAAAAUCAGUUGCAACAGAGUCUAACAACAAGGACUAAAGAGAGGGACCAGCUUCAAAAUAGUCUUAAAGUAGCUACUGCUGAAAAGGACAAAUUAAAGAACAGUCUCAACUCAAAGAUUAAAGAGAGAGAUCAACUACAGAAUAGACUGAAUACCAUGACGGCCGAGAGAGACCCAAUAAAGACCAGGUUGAAUUUAUAUGAGAAACCCUGUCAGGACGGGUGGUUGAAGUUUGGCGCCAGUUGUUAUUAUCUCUCCACCACGCUGGACACCGCUGCCGAGGGUCGAAGGAAGUGCAAAGAAAUGGGUGGAGAUCUGGUCGUUAUAAACAGCCAAGCAGAACAGAUAUUCAUCAACGGUUUUAAGAAGAAUAUUUGGAUCGGUGCAACUAUAGAGAAAGGAUCCUGGUUUUGGGUUGACAGCACAGCAUUUCAAACGACGUAUUGGAUGACAGGGGAACCAAAACUCGUUAAAGACGAGCCGCCUUGUGUUGGGAUAUCAAAGAUGGCAUCAGACCCACUGAAGAGUUGGAAAGCUGUAAAAUGUGUUGAAAACCUCUGGGUCUGUGAGAAAGCCUAACAGCUAUUGCUACAAUAAGCACCUAUCUUCUGGAGUUGUUAGUCUAGUCAAAGUAUUUAUCAUUUUAAAAAGACACUGUAUUUAAAAUGUUAGUCAUUGAAUCACAUUGUUAAAAGACAGGACAUGUUUUAUUGUUGCUAACAAUCGGUUCUGCACCUACUGCUUACGAUUAAAGAUCCUUGCAGGUAAUUUAUACCAACGCUAGUACUACUAGUAAUGUGUUAUCUCUGCUGCGUCCAUCGAAGGUGUGUGUUGUUGACUGACAUAGCAGUUCUACUGUCACGGUAAGGUGAGCAGCAGCGCCACCGUUCCGUGCACCUUCAGU